CAAGGAUAUAUCCUGUGCCAUAAAGUUCCGGUCUUGUGUGUAGGAAGAGACUUGUUGCUUGAUUGUGCUUCUUCUCGUAGGCGAGUAGUGUUUGUGUCUGUGUAUCCGUGCGCCGGCUCCUCCGCUCAGCGGGCACAUCCGGGAUUCACAACGACCAGACAGGUGACAGAACUAUGGUGGUCACGUCAUCUUCUCACAUAUCCUCUGAAAUGUGAAGGACACGUGUGAUGGCAAGAAGACGUUCCUGAUCCCCUCCCCUGUCAUGCGGAUUACUUCUCUGUAUACAUUGAUGCUGAAUGGACCCAUUGGACAUUGACUAUUUGGAGUUUUGACCUUUUGGUACCCAGAAGCUCGGUUAGGAAUCAAUAUGGAUUCCCGCGGGCCUUACAGAUGCCUCAAUGUAGCUAUGGUUCUCUAUCUAUUACUUUUAUUAUCACCAGGACUACUAAACGGCGAACGAAUCCCAGCAAGGCACCAGCGGGAUAGUUCUGAAAAAUACGAAAACCUGGACACCAUGUUGUCGGAGUAUGACGUUAUCUCACUGUCUGGAAUCCAGCAGCACUCCAUCAGAAAACGGGACCUGGCGACGCAGUCUCAGGUGGAGAGAUUGGUGGACUUCACUGCCCUGCACAGGCAUUUUAAAUUGUAUUUGACCUCAGAUGCGGAUCAUCUUUCAGAAAAUCUAAAAGCAGUCGUCCUUGAUGGGAACGGCGAAGGAAAAGAGUAUUACGUAAAGCGUUCAGACUUCUUCACUGGACACGUGGUCGGGGAGCACAAUUCAAAGGUCAUAGCGCACAUCGGCGAUGGCGAUUUUACAGCACGGAUCUCAACGGAUGGGGAGGAAUAUAACAUUGAGCCACUAUGGAGGUUUACAGAGAACACCUCAAGAGAUCACCUAUUGGUCUACCGCUCUGAAGGCAUCAAAGAAGUAUCCCGUCUCCAGUCCUCCAAAGUGUGCGGAUAUGUGCAACCUGAACAGGAUCUCUUCAGCAACCGGGAGGAACCGAGAGAAACGCACAAAGAUACCGAACAUUUGCAUCGGGAGAAAAGGCAAAAACCUCCCCCAGAUCCUAUGAAGAACACUUGUAAGAUGCUCGUGGUGGCAGAUCAUCGCUUCUACAAAUACAUGGGACGAAAGGAGGAGAGCACGACUAUUAACUACUUGAUCGAGCUCAUUGACCGAGUGGACGACAUCUACAGGAACACGUCAUGGGAUUCUCAGUGGAAGGGAUAUGGCGUCCAGAUAGAACAGAUCAUUGUUCACAAGGAACCAGAGAACGUGACCGGUUCAAAGCUGCACUAUAACAUGGCGAAGAAUUAUCCCAGUGAGAACAAAGACGCCUGGGAUGUGAAGCAGCUGCUGGAGCAAUUCAGCCAUGACAUAUCAGAAAAGGCUUCCACUGUCUGCCUGGCUCAUCUCUUUACCUAUCAGGACUUUGACAUGGGGACUCUAGGACUUGCUUAUGUUGGAUCCCACAAGCCAAACACCCACGGAGGAAUCUGUCCUAAGGCUUACCGAAGUGAGUCCUCACAGAAACCUAUCUACCUGAACACUGGUUUGACAAGUACAAAAAACUACGGAAAAACCAUUCUUACAAAGGAAGCUGACCUGGUAACUACUCAUGAGCUUGGCCACAACUUCGGCUCUGAGCAUGACCCUGACAGCAUGGAAGACUGUGCCCCCAGUGAGGAUCGUGGGGGAAAAUAUGUGAUGUACCCUAUAGCUGUGAGUGGAGACCAUCAAAAUAAUAAGAUGUUCUCCAUUUGCAGCAGAGAGUCGAUCCUGCGCACCCUGAUGAGCAAGGCCAACAUCUGCUUCAAGGAGCGCAACAACAAAGUCUGCGGCAACUCCAGGGUGGACGAGGGGGAGGACUGUGACCCAGGCCUGCUGCACCAGCACGCCGACCCCUGCUGUACCUCUGAAUGCAAGUUUAGGAAUAAAGCAAAAUGCAGUGAUCGUAACAGUCCGUGCUGUAAGGGCUGCCAGUUUGAAACUGCUCAGAAGAAAUGCCAGGAAGCUAUAAAUGCCACCUGCAAAGGGGAAUCCUUCUGCACUGGGAACAGCAGCGAAUGUCCUCCUCCUGGGAACGCAGCCGAUGACACCGUCUGCGUAGAUCUGGGAAAAUGUGCGAAUGGGGAAUGUCGUCCAUUCUGUGAGAUAGAGCUGAACCUGAAAUCCUGCGCCUGCAAUGAAACUGAGCAUUCGUGUAAAGUCUGCUGCCGGGACUACAGUGGGAACUGCAGUCCGUACAUGGACUCCUCUAAACAGUACCGCCUAUUACGUAGAGGGAAGCCGUGCACCGUGGGCUUCUGUGAUAGCAACGGAAAGUGUGAGAAACAAGUGCAAGAUGUGAUAGAGAGGAUCUGGGAUUUCAUUGAUAAACUGAGCAUUAAUAUGUUGGGCAAGUUCCUGGCAGACAACAUUGUAGGAUCCGUCGUAGUUUUUUCUCUGAUCUUCUGGAUUCCUCUCAGUAUUUUGGUGCACUGUGUGGAUAAGAAGCUGGACAAGCAGUAUGAAGAAAAUGCUAAAAACUUAUUUUUGCCAAGUAAUGUGGAAAUGCUAAGCAGUAUGGACUCUGCUCCUGUACGAAUUGUCAAACCUUUCCCAUCCUCCCAACCCAACACCCGAUUCCAGCCCUUGCAGCAAGUGCCAGUAGCCCCCAACUCUGCCAAGGCUGACCAUCAGAGGAUGGACACUAUCCAGGAGGACCCCAGCACAGACUCGCACCUUGAAGACCAGUUUGAUGACGAUCCUUUCCCCAACAGUGGUUCUCCCGCCAAGUCAUUUGAGGACCUCACUGACCAUCCGGUCACCAGGAGCGAGAAGGCCUCUUCAUUUAAACUCCAGCGGCAAGGAAGGAUAGACAGCAAGGAGACCGAGUGCUGAUACUUCCCCUGGGAGGGGGCUUUUUUUUUUUGGGGGGGGGGGCUCCGCCAUGACAAUCAUUUAGAUUUCCAGAAAUCCCUGAAUUCUGUGUACUGUUUUAUGAGGUUGCCAGAUGUUGUAUAUAUUUAUAUAAGUGUUGUUUUGUAUGCCCUAACACGUAUUCCUAAAGGGAAGCCUUUCGACCCUAUUUAUGAUUAAAACAGCUUUACACUGGU